ACAGAAGCGGCAGGGGUCAAAGUAGGUCAAGUGAGCGUUGUUUGAUUGUUUCUGCAAGAGGCAUGCUGAUGGUGUAUCAUUUUUAGUCAAGAAGAUCGUUGCUGAAAGCUGACAAAUACUAAGGAGCUAUGGACAACAGUUAGGCGCUGUCUGUGUUCUACAUAAGGAGUGUGCAAACCAGUCGACGUCCCUCCCACUCACACAGCCUGGGAAAUGCCUGGGGGUGUUCUUGGGACAACAGUGGGACAGGAGUGAUCUAAUUCUAUAGGAAGCCGAAGGCCGCGCUCAGCCGGUGACUGUGCCCACCUUGUAAAGAGGGAGGGAGACAACAAAGCUUUGACUGACAACACCACAACAACGUCAGCAGCCUUUUCCUCAGGAAGGGGAACGUACGCAUGACACAUCAGACUGACUGUUGAGGGAGGAGCUGGUUCGAGUACAGGUAGGGUGGAUCUAGCUUCAGGGCCUGUUUUGAAACGGAGCCAGCCCCCUCUGCCUUGUUUUGGAAAAGGAUUUCCUUUCCUAGUAUUGUUGUGGAUAUCCUGUCCCGAAGUGUGAGCCAUACGCAAUCAUCAGUGCUGAAGAAUCGAGGAAAUCUGUGAGAUAAUCGUUGUGAAGACUCCUGUGGAGAAGACUGAAAGGUUUGGGAGGGAUCCAACCUUACAGGAGAGGUCAGUUCACAGGAUUCCUGUCGCACAGGCUCUGACACACGUGUUGUGUUCUCAGCACUCCAGGGCCUGAACCUAUCAACACUUCUGUACCUUUGGAUUUAGAAAGGAAGGCCGCAGGGACGCAAUCUAGCCAUGUCUGUCAACAAGAGAACCUCCUUCAGAAACUUCUGUAUCAUUACAACCCUCUUACUUGGCCUUGCUGGGGCUCAAACAACCAACAACCCUGGGACUCAACAACAAACAACGCGGGACCCAAGCCUCUUGGAUUUUGGGUCUCUUCCUGAAGGAGAGUAUGUUACGACCACGGACUACUCGGCUGGAGGGUUGGAUGGAUACUACAAACUCAUGAGUGGUUUUCUAGCGCUGAUAUCACCACGGGAUGUCAAAUAUGAAUGGAUCGAGCUGGCUAUGCAAGGCCAAGCACAGGAGAUUUACAAGGAACCGACCAAAAUUGUGCUGUACAGUCUUGGCUGGGCCAUCUGUGCUGUCAUCGGAUCCUGUUCAUCAUCAUCAUGCCCAUCCAAUUGGACUACAUCGUGGAUCAGUAUGAUACCAUGUCAGCAGCAGUCAACUAUGACCUGGACAAUAUUGACCAGACACUUGGAGUGGCUGUCCAGGAGCGCCUGAGGCCACAGGUGGGGACAACUGUCAAUCAACUGGUGGAUAUGAUAAACACUGUGGAGCCAACAAAGGCGGCCCUGCUUGCUGUACAGAUAGCACUGGGCCAGCUCCAGACAGGGGCACAAGACCUCAACACUGCCCUGGCUGACCAGAGAACCACCCUCAACGCCACCUUGAACUUCUGUCAACCGUCAGAUACUGUGUGUGUGAACUUGAGGAAAGACGUGAAUCAGCUCAGCCCUGGAGGAGACUUCAGCACGUUGAAUGAUGUGAACGCAGAACUUGAUGCCGUCAACAACCUGUUGCAGUCCUAUGACAUCUCAGCGAUCGCUGAAAUGGCAAGCAACGCAUUUGAGGGGAUUCCUAAUAGAGUUCAGAACUACUCAACCGAUGUGGUUGCAGAUGUGAAAAAGCUGCUUGCAGACAAUAAAGAUGUGUUUGGCAACCUGUCAGCCAGCUUGAAUGGACAAGUGCAAGCGAUUGCAAAUAGCACAGAAGUGUACCAGGAUGCUGCCACACAGUACUUGGUGAAGUUUGUCAUCCCAAACAACAUGUACAGGUGGUAUGCAGGGCUGGGGCUGUGUUGUCUGGUCCUGCUGGUGGUAGUGUUCAACCUGCUGGGCCUGAUAUUCGGCCUGUGCAGCUACAACAGUGACCACACCCCCACCACUCGCACCUGCGGCUCCACCACUGGAGGAAACCUGCUCAUGUCGUCUGUUGGCUUCGCCUUCCUGUUCUGCUGGUUGUUGAUGCUGUUAGUGACAAUAUUCUUCCUGGUGGGAUCGCCCAUGGAGCGUUUCAUGUGCCGGCCUCUGGAGACCCAAGAGAUCUUUGCUGAGACCAUUGACAAGCCAUACUUCUUCCAAAUGUCCAUGAGUUCCAACAACAGCAACAGCCAGUCUGGAACACCAGCUCCCAGUAUCAAGUACUGGCUGGGACAACUUCUGCUGCAGGAUGAUCAGAUUCCCAUGAAGGCAGGGGACAUCCUUCGGAACUGUUCAGAAAACAAAGGCUUGCUCGCUGUCCUUCAACUGGACAGGUACAGUUUUGGAGGAGUCAACACAACAGACCUCCUGAACCAGAUCAACAACAUCAACAUCGAUGACCAGCUGGACCCGUUGAACGUGGACUUCUCUACAGUAAAAGUUCUGGACCAGGACACCAGGGACAGUAUGACUGACUUCAAGGAUAGCGGGGUGUCUAACAUAGACUUUGAUGCUUACUUGGCUGAGGUCAACAAGGGUCUGACUCAGGUAGACUUGCCUACAUACGCCCAAGGCCUGCGGACUGCCGCUGAUAACUUCCAGCCUGGAUCAAAUCCGGAAACUGGAGUGAGAAACAAUGCCAACAAAAUAGAUCAGUUACACACCACCAAGGUUGUGCCCCUUCUGGAUGAUGUGGACGUACUGAAGAACAACAUCCAGCAACUCAAACAGACAGUUUCAGACCUCCAGACUACGAUUGACACUCUACUGACAUCUGCACAAGAUGCAGAAACCUACCUCCAGAAUGAGGGUGGAAAUGCUGUCAAGGAAGAAGCCAAGACUUACGGAAACACACUGUUGGGAUAUGCACAACAGUACGCUGACUGGAUCAUGGUCAGGUUCAGCGAUGAUUUUGGAGGCUGUAAGCCUGUCAGCGAUGCUUACCAGUCUAUCGUGCUGCUGGCCUGUUCUUACUUCCUGGAUGCCUUUAACGGUUUCUGGUUUGGUCUGGGCUGGUGCCUGCUGUUCUAUGUCCCCUCCAUCAUCUUUGGAGUCAAGCUGGCCAAACACUACAGAAGGAUGGACUAUGAAACAGAGUAUGACUAUGACUACCGUUAUGAGAAUGUGCCGAUGUCCAAUAUGGACAGGAAACAACCAUCUGCUCCACCUGCUUGGCAUAGACCAGAGAUCACUAGGGGUUGGCAGGCUGGUCCUGAGGAGAUAGAAAGAGAGUCUGUGUUGUGAGCUGUUACUACUGGGGGGAAGGUUGAGUGUUGGAGCUUGCUGUGAGUAAGAGAGGUUGCAGUUCUACAUUUGCCCUCCAUGAACACUGUGAGCAGAGUGGGAGUGGUGCACCACUUGUAGGCCGUUAUCAGCGGGUAGACAACUCCAGCACAAGCUACGCCUUCAGUGCCUUACACCGCCCCCC